GCUACCAACUGUACAGUUGCAUCUUGAAUUAUCCCACAGCAUCCUCCCUGUAGAUUGCACAUCGCAAACCAUAGCCAAAAUCUUAAUCUCGCAAUGGAAAACGACCAGGGUGUUCUCGUCGACCUUUAUGUCCCCCGCAAGUGUGCGGCCACCAACCGUCUGAUUACGUCCAAGGACCACGCUUCGGUCCAGAUCAAUGUCGCUGAUGUUGAUGCUAAUGGUCGUGCCCAGAGCACUUACACCUCGUUUGCGCUUUGCGGACAAGUGAGAUCACAAGGGGAGAGCGAUGACUCCGUUAACCGGCUAGCAACGAAGGCGGGCUUGCUCCGGAAUGUGUGGUCGUACCAAAAGUAAACGUCGUUGUGUUAGACCGUUCUUUAUAUCAUCAUUUCACUUACUCUUUUCAUGUUGUGGUAUAAACACUUGUACGCCUAUAUUGAGUGCAAGUAAAUUGGCCAUCCAGUGUUUAGCAAAUGAAACUGCCAGUUGUGAUAUUGCUGUACUUGGCAAACUGCGGCAGGACUACAAAUGGAGCGGAGUAUUCACACU